AUGGAGGUGGUGAGCGCUUCCCAUGGCUCGUUGAGUCCCCUGCUGGGGAAGCUCACGGCUCUGCUCGCCGAUGAGUGUGGCCGUCUCAAAGGCGUCCGCCGUGAGAUUCGCUCGCUCAAAUCUGAGCUGACCAGCAUGCAAGCGGCGGUUCAGAAGUACUCCAUGUUGCAAGAUCCCGAUGUCCAGGCGAAAGCAUGGAUAUCGCUGGUGAGGGAGCUUGUCUAUGACACCGAGGAUGUCAUCGACAAGUUCAUCCACCAGCUCGGUGAUGGCGGCCACCAAAGUCAGAGUGGCUUCAAGGAGUUCUUCAGCAAGACUAUUCGUGGUCUCAAGACGCUCGGGUCUCGCCGUGGAAUCGCCAGCCAAAUCGGCGACCUGAAGGUACGUGUCAAGGAGGUGAAAGAGCUCAAGAAUAGUUACAAGCUGGACGAUACUGCUCGUAUCACCGAUACUGCUCGUAGCACCUGUGAGCAUUCAGCCGUGGAUCCCCGAUUGUCUGCUCUUUUUGUAGAGGAGACACAUCUUGUGGGCAUUGAUGGUCCAAGAGACCAUCUCGUCACUUGGAUGAUGGAAGAAGAAAAUAGUUCGGCCAAGCAUAGCAGGGUGCUAUCUAUUGUUGGGUUCGGUGGGUUGGGAAAGACGACAUUGGCAAAGGAAGUCUGUCACAAGAUCCAGGGGUAUUUUGAUUGUCAUGCUUUUGUCUCUGUCUCACAGCAGCCGAAUGUAAAGAAAAUUAUGAAGGAUGUGAUCUCUCAAGUGCCUUGCAAGAAAGAUUUUUUAGAAGAUAUCGACAUUUGGGAUGAAAAGAAAUUCAUUGGGAAGCUUAGAGAACUGUUACAAGAUAAGAGGUACCUCAUCGUUAUUGAUGAUAUAUGGUCUACAGCGGCAUGGGACACUAUUAAAUGUGCUUUCCCGGAGAAUAAAUUUUCUAGCAGAAUUAUAGCAACUACACGCAUCGUUGAUGUAGCAAGGUCAUGUUGUCUCGGUGGUAAUGACCGCAUGUAUGAAAUGGAAGCUCUAAGUGAUGUUCACUCCAGAAAAUUGUUUUUCAAGAGAACAUUUGGAUCUGAGGACAGUUGCCCGGAAGGGCUAAAACAAGUUUCAAAUGAAAUAUUGAAAAAAUGCGGAGGCCUACCACUAGCAAUCAUCAGUAUUUCAAGUUUAUUGGCAAACAAACCAUCCCUCAAAACCGAGUGGGAGAAGGUCAGAAGGUCAAUUGGUUCUGCGUUGGGCAAGAAUAGAAGCUUGGAGGGCAUGAAUAGCAUCCUAUGCCUUAGCUACAACGAUCUUCCACCUAAUCUGAAGACCUGUUUAUUAUAUCUAAGUAUAUUUCCUGAAGAUUAUGUGAUUGUGAGAGAGACAUUGGUGAGACGCUGGAUAGCAGAGGGAUUUAUCUCUGAAGAGCGUGGACUUAGCAAACAAGAGGUCGCCGAGAACCACUUCUAUGAGCUAAUCAAUAAAAGCAUGGUCCAACCAGUGGACGUUGGCUAUGAUGGUAAGGCUCGGGCCUGUCAAGUCCAUGACAUGAUGCUUGAGCUCAUUAUUUCAAAAUCAAUUGAAGAUAAUUUCAUCAGUGUGGUAGGCCACGGGCAAACUGAUUUGGUAAAUCGCGAAGGUUCUAUUCGUCGACUAUCAGUCCAACACAUUGAUAAGGAGCUUGUGUCUGUAUUGGAAAAUCAAGAUCUAAGCCAUGUCCGAUCCCUAAGAGUAAUAACAUCAAGUUGCAUCAAACACUUGCCUAGCCUUGUUAAGUUUCAAACUUUGCGUGUACUAGAUUUUGAAGGUUGUCAGGGUCUGGAAGAGUAUGAUAUGAAUGGUAUAGAUAAACUAUUCCAGCUGAAGUACUUGAGCCUUAGGGGAACUAAUAUGUCAGAGAUCCCCUCAGGAAUUGUGAGGCUUUAUGAUCUGGACACGCUGGAUCUUACCAAUACAUAUAUAGAAGUGUUACCAUCCAGAAUUGUUCAGCUCACUAAACUACAAUAUCUACUCGUUGGAAGAUUUCAUUCUCUUCAUUCUCUUCGUGGCCAUACAAAGAUACCCGAUGGGAUUGGAAACAUGAGUAACCUGAGGGUUAUCACAGGCUUCAAUAUUACCAAGAGUUCAUUAGGUGCGGUGGCAGAGCUUGGGAACCUAACCAGUUUGAAUGAAUUGCAUCUACAGCUAGACGGUAGAGGAUCUGAGAAAUAUAAGAGGCACGAAGAGAUGUUACUCUUCUCACUAUGCAAGCUUGGCAGCUGCAAACUCCAGUCUUUUUGGAUAUGUACUAGUGAUUCAACACCCCUCCAGUUUUUAGAUUCUUGGUCCCCUCUGCCAUCUUCCCUCCAGAGAUUUCGGAUGACCACCAGCUACUAUUUACCGAAGAUUCCAAAAUGGAUCACACCAGCACUCUCCAGUCUGGCAUACCUAAACAUUAAUUUAGUAAAAGCAACGGAGGAGGAUCUGGGCGUACUUGGAGAGAUACCUGCCUUAAUUUCUCUGCUGCUAACUUUCAAAACUUUCCAGGAAGAAAGACUUACCAUCAGAGGCCAUGGAUUCCCCUGUUUGAAGGAACUCUACAUUUACAGUAGAUAUUCUUGUGCGAUAAACCUGCUGUUUGAGGAAGGGGCGCUGCCGAAGCUUGAGAAGCUUCACCUGCCGUUCUUAGUUUUAUGCGCAAAAUCCAAUGGGUUCUACUUAGGCAUUGGCCACCUCCCAUGCCUGAAACAUGCUACAAUCAUUCUUCGUAACGAUGGUGGUGCCUCGUCUUCAGAAAACAGGGCCGCAGCAGCUGCCAUAUGGAAUGAAGCAAAUGCCCACUCCAAUCAUCCGAGGUUAACUAUCUAUGGAGAAAUGGAAUAG